AGGAAGAGAGAGGCAGGGGUGAGGCUGCUGCUGCUGCUAUAGCUGCUGCUGCUGCUGCUGCUGCUAGUGGAGGUUCGCUCGGCUUUUCACCGACGUGCUCUUGCGCCAAUUCAUCACCUGCCUGUCAGGCAUCAGUCAGGGGCAUCGUGCGAAAUGUACACAGCUGUGGGAGCGAAAGGAAGACGGGGAGAAAAUGGAAAAAUCAUAUUGCACCAGAUGUGGACACAGACUGCAGGAGUUCCAGAUUAUAUUAGAAAUGCAUAAAAACAGGAACCUCCGACAGCUGAAGGAGAAGGUGUCCGUGUCUGGUGAAUAUAACCGCGCGUAAAACAACAAUGACACAGAUGGUGUUUUGCUGGAUUUUGUAAAAUACUGCAAAACAUUUCACUGACAUUUUCUCCGACUAGUAUCGCGGACGCAAAAUCAUCACUAAAUAGAUUAUUAUAGGCUAAAGCAACUUUCUUUCUCUUCACCCUCUCUGCACACAGUAAGAACAGCUUGCUUGUGCUUUUCAUAAAGACCCUACAUGCCUCUGCAGCCUGUGCACUCCAAACUGCGUCUCUUUUUGUCAAUUGGGAUUACUUCCGCUUUUAGGAUUUCCUUGUUUGUGUUUUUUUCCGCUGAAUUGUCAUUAAAAUAUACCGCAAAACAUCAAAAUUAUAAUAUUUUCCUCUCGCAAGUCCUCUCUCCAUAACGAGUUUUAACAGUGGCCCUCCCAUCGCCUCUUUAAAAAUACAUUGAUUUUAUUUUAAAAAUCAAGCACAUCACAACAGUCCCCAAAUGCUCCCGGGGGCAAUUAGUUAGUGCAGCAUCAAACAUCCUCCCACCUCCAGCUGAAGAAUGAAGCGUGUAAUUCCUACAAACAAAUGGCUCAUUCAGAAAACGUUAAAGUGUCAAUAGCAGUUAAUCACCUCUUCACGUGCUCAGAUAUGAAAGCCACAUUUGUAGGCCAUGACUAAAUGCACUUUGACACACAACAUACUCAGGUGACAAUUAACACUGAAGUGCACCGGACCUUUACUGAUGCAUUUAGAUAGAUACGCACAGCCACUUCAAAUAAACACGUAGGUGUACAUGGCUGCGUUGGGAAAAACUACACAUCUUAAAAUGAAAUUUCGUGUACACACAAAGCCUUAAAUGACUAACUGUUCAAUUUGUUAUAAGGCAGAACUGUGAAAUCAAUGCAUUUAAAGUUAUCCGUCAACUCCUAAUUGUUUUAUUUAUUUUCUGAUCUGUACUGUCGCGCACCAUCUCCAAAAUUUUGAAAGAUCACACAGUCUGUACACAAUUUGAGACACUGCCGGUAACUGUGAAUAAAUAAUAGACAAUUCUAACGUGCGUCAAAUUACUGAAUCAUAUAUUUUGGACAAGUAUUACCACAGAAGGUCAAAUAGAUCCCCAAACUUUAGAUUCUCAUGUGUAAAAACACUAAAAAAAUAAAUAGAUUUCCUGGUGGAAACUGUUUCAUUUGGCCAGUCAAACAUUUCUCUCUGUUUGCUAUUCAGUCUCAGAAACUUGCCUUCACACCGGUCCGGGCUGGAGUGAAUUAAGAAUCAUCAGGCGCGCCUGAUAUGGUCCCUAUCAUCACUGCUCCACACCUCCAAACCCGCACAUGUCUCAGAAUGAGUGAUGGCUGACAAUGCGUGAUUGUUCUGUCUGGAAGAUAAAGUUAUCAGACUCAGACUCUUACACUGUCGUGCGUGUAUGAAUACAUUUUUAUUCUGACUGGAACCCGUUUGAUUUUUAAAUACAUUUUUCCAAAUGCAUUUCUGCUUUAUCUCCAUGACAAAACUACAAGAUCAAACUGAAAUCGUCUAGGCAAAGGCAUCGGCGCGUGCUCACACUUGCACACUCACAAUUGACAGCCAUGCGAAUCAUUAAUUUUCUUGAUCAGAAACAGGUAAGGGCUUAAUUUUCCAAAUUGUCCACCGGAGCUGCUGAAGCGCCCUCUGAGUUCCGCCUCCAACAUGCGUUGCCACUGGUAACGCGGUGGAGAAGGGGAGGGGUUUGAGCACGAGGAGCCAAUAGUGGAGCUAAAAGGCGUUGAGUGACACGGUGUCCCUGACCAAUCAGCGCGUUGGACCCGCCUGCGUCGCAUGCCCAGCCUGCUGCCUAUAUAAACCACACUGACAGCUUGGUAAUCCAGUCUGAUCGCUGAUCGUCUGGCAAAAACAGGACUUUAAAGAAGCAAGAUAUCGACACGCACAAACCCUCUCGCCUAACUUAACACUGACAAAAUGAAAGCAAUAAGCCCCGUGCGGUCUUUCCGGAAAAACAACGCGAAUUUAUCAGAGCACUCCUUGGGAAUCUCUCGGAGCAAGACCCCGGUGGAUGACCCGCUCAGCCUGCUGUACAACAUGAACGACUGCUACUCCAAGCUGAAGGAGCUGGUGCCCAGCAUCCCCCAGAACAAGAACGUCAGCAAGAUGGAAAUCCUGCAGCAUGUCAUCGACUACAUCCUGGACCUGCAGAUCGCUCUGGACUCCAGUGUCGCACUAACCAGCCUGCAUCUCCCUGCGCGGCCGGGGCAGGCUCCAUCCAGGACCCCUUUGACCACCCUCAACACAGAUAUCAGCAUCUUGUCAUUACAGUCCCCGGAGUUGCCAUCAGAGCUGAUGACAGAUGACAGCCGGACUCUGCAUCGUUAAAGCGGUGUUUGGUCAAGACGCAAAAAACACACAGGACCUGGGGAGCAGGACUUUCCCCCCCCCCUCCAACCUCUGUCCUCCAGGCCUGGAUUUUUUUCUUUUUUCUUCUGACGCUGAAAUCAAGAGACUUUUGCUUAUUAUGGGACAAUCUUAUGUGAUGUGUUUUCUGUUUGGACACUUCAUUAUUAUUUAACUUAAGACUUUUUUUAUUUGUGGGUCCUUUCUGGAAAUGGAAGGCGCGUUAUAUUCCCGACAGUGGGAGGAAAAACAAGAUUAUUGUCACAAGGAUUAUUCCCCCCACCCCCACCCUUGUCCCUCUCCUUGUUGAAGUCUUCGCUUUUUUUGCGGAGGUGGGAACGUGAAUAGAAAAGACAACUUGGUUAGUUACUGUAAAAAGUUUAGUCUCGUCUUGUCAGAAUUGUUGGCACAUGAAGGACUGGACGUUGUUUAAAAAAAAAAAAAAAAAAAAGUUAAAAUGAAAGAAUGAAACCGUGUGAACUCUUAUCGGGAGUUUAUCUUGUAUAGUUGCAGGAAUUUCUGCAAAAGUGUAAUGUUGUACUUAAUUAUGCUGAAACUUUUUAUAAAAGUAAUGUAAAUUGUACCUUUUUUUUUAUACAAAAUAAAUCAAAAACGCAA